GUGUGUUGUGGCUGUCAGCGGUACUCGCCAUGGCGGCGCCGGUGGCCGAGCUGCGGCGGGUGUGUCGGCAGGCCUGGGAGCCCGUGCUCGCCGUGGCGCCCCGGGCCGUUGUCUUCCUGGACGCGGCCUCCGCCGAAGCGCUGCACUGGGGAGGCGGCGGGGCGGGGGAGCUGCUGGCGGCGGGGGCUCUGGCCGUCAGGGCGCUGGCGGCUGAGGCAGCGGCGGGGGGGUCCCGCGUCGUCUUCGUGGUGAACGGGCCGUUGCGGGGCGGCACAGCCGCCGCCGUGAGGAGGGUGCUUGGCCAGGGCGGCGUGCGGCACUGCGUGCUGGUGUCCGGCGGCGAGGCGGAGGGCGGCGGGGCGGCCGAGCUGGAGGAGACCCUACGGCGGUGGAUGGGCGAGGGCGGCCGCGCCGAGGUAGUGCUGCGGGGACCGCCGCUCCUGGCCCCCGUCUCGGCGGAGCUCUGCCUGCUGCCUGCCCUGGCGGGGCUCCUCAUGCCUCUGCCCGGCCCCGGCGGGCCCGGCCCCGCGGAGGUCGGGCUGGGCGCCCUCCCCGCCGAGCUGCGGGCGGCGGUGCGGGCCGUGGUGGGCGACCUCGACGCUCUCUUCGCCGCCCUGGGCCUGCGGGAGGAGAGCUUCGCCGUGGGGGCCCUCAGCAGGGUCGUCGCCGCCGAGCUGGCAAGCUACGCCUCGGCCAGGAACAGGAGGAGGACAGCCAUCAACAAGGCCUCCGUCGUCUUCGUGGACAGGACGUUGGACCUUGCUGGAGCAGUUGGUCAUCACGGCGACAAUCUUGCAGAGAAGAUACUUUCUGUGCUUCCCAAGCUGCCUGGCCACAAGACCGAUGUGAUGGUUAACAUGGUGGAACUUACAGCACUGCAGACUGCGGAUGAAACUUGCAGUAUUAUAGCACCUGGCUGCUUAGCACAACCAAAUGAUCCAGCUGCCAAAGCUCUCUGGGAGUCUUUCAUGAACCUCAAACAAAAGGAAGCUGUGAUGGAGGCGAGGAGACACCUUGUGGAGGCUGCGAGCAGAGAAAAUUUACCUAUCAAGAUGAGCAUGGGCAGAGUCACCCCGGAACAGCUCAGCUCAUAUGUUCAGCUUUUCAGAAACAAUCUCAAAGCUUUGGAGAACCAUUGUGGUCUUCUACAGCUUGUGCUGGCCACAGUCCAGACUCUGAAACACCCCCAGACUUCCAAAUGGGACAACUUCCUUGCCUUUGAGAGAUUACUUCUGCAGACUAUUGGCGAGUCAGACAUGCCCAGUGUUUUGAACCAGUUAUUGCCAAUGAUCAAGUCUUACAACGAGAGGACAAAAGAUGAUUAUACCUGCGAGGACUUCCUUAUCUUGCUGGUAUACAUGUAUUCUGUGGUCGGAGAAAUCAAAAGUGGAAAAGAGCUGGAGGCAGCUGAAGAAGAGGUGAAAAAGGCCCUCGUCAAGGCCAUUUGCGAUGAGCCGGAGCCACCUCCUGUGUUGAGGAAAAUAACAGGCUGCGACUCGUUGCUGAACCUGACAUCUCAGAAAGCCACAGAUGCAGUGGACGAGAUCUUUCGGUCCCUCAGGGAUAUUGCGAGAGCUCGAAUGCACAUGAAACAGUUUAAUUCCAUACAUAAUCCAGGCAGCAACACCCACCAGGCUUCUUACAGACCGCUGCUGAAACAGGUGGUGGAAGAGAUCUGUAACCCUGAUCGACCUGAUCCUGUUGAUAUUGAGCACAUGUCAUCAGGCCUCACCGAUCUCCUUAAAACUGGAUUCAGCAUGUUCAUGAAGGUGAAUCGCCCUCACCCUGGUGAUCAUCCUCUUCUGAUCAUCUUUAUGGUUGGCGGAGUGACAGUCUCCGAGGUCAAAAUGGUGAAGGAUCUGGUAGCAACACGCAAACCUGGUACCCAGGUGAUGGUGCUCUCCUCUGCGCUCCUGACGCCAUGCAGUGCUGUUGAGUUGUUGUUUGCCCCAGACCGUCUCCAGCCUGACGCCGAUAUCUGAGGAGGGAGGUUCUGUGGAGAAGAGGAGACUGUGCCUCAGCUGGAAACAUCACAUCCCUGGUCUGUCACCCUUCCCAAGAGCCUUUCCAAAAAAUGACAUGUUCCCUGCAGGUACAGAAUCGUAGUAUGGUUUGGGUUGGAAGGGACCUUAAAGAUGAUUUAGUUCCAACCCCCUUCCCAUGGGCUAAGACACCUCCCACUAGAGCAGGUUGCUCAAAGCCCCAUCCAGCCUGGUCUUGGACACCUCUAGGGAUGGGGCAACCACAGCUUCCCUGAGCAGCCUGUUCCAGUGUCUCACCCCCCUCACAUGGCUAUGGCUCCAGCGGGGUGAAGCAGCUGGGUAUCUGGCUGUGGGGAAACAUGUGCAGCUCACAGGCAGCUCUUCAAAAUGGUCCAGAAACAACUCCCCCUCCUUAAACAUAACACCAUGUGGUGCUGGAUCACCCCAGCUCCGCUCUGCGUGGCCAGGAUGAUCACUUGUAAUAAUUCCCUAGAAACAGAGCAGCCGAGGACCAGGUGAUGCUGAAUUUGCCCUCCCUGAGCUGUACUUUUCUCUCUGAUGGUUCUUUCCUGAUGGUUUCGCUGGGGUGACUUCUGGUGGGAAAUGCUGCUGAGGGAGUGGAAGGACAGCAAAAACCCACCCUCUCUGUCAGGCUCCCUUGCAACUCAUGUGCCUUAUACAGCAUUAACCACCUCUGCUCUUACUUCAUCCCUCGCCCCAGAGAGGUGACAGAGUGCUACCCAGAUGGAGUAGCUCCCAGUCCGGUGAUGGUCUCCCAGCAGGACUGGUGGGGGCAGAGAAGCAAGAGCCAGACCCAAGGGCUGGGUUAUGUGGUUGCUUCUCUCUCAGCUUCCUCUUUCCUGCUCUAGUUUCUCCACCCACAGUCCCAGGAGAAGAGGCUGUUUCUGAUGGCACACUUCUCUGUGGGUUUAUGCGGGAGGACAUAUGGGCUGUGAUGGUUUGAUGAUAACCCUGGAAGAAUCCUCCCCUCUCAUGCAUUUAAAAAAGAAAAAGAGAGGGAAAAAAAAAGAAAAGCACGAUCCCAUUUUUCAAGAGGCCGUAGC